AUGGUGGACGCGGAUUCGAAAUCCGGCGAAGCAUUGUCCGAAGUGGAAGAAGUAGCAUCUGAUUCGGACGACAGUUGGGCUGCUACCGAUUUGGAAGAGGAUAACGAAUGUGCUCUUAGCGAGGACGAGGAGGAACAGGAUCGCGGGUUUUCGGGAGUGAAGGAAGUUGAUCCGUUGGAUGUAAACGGCUUCAGUGAAGACAAUGAUAGGUCAUCGUGGGAGGAUGAAGAGGUUGAGAACGAUGAGGAGAACGCGGAUGGGGUUGAUCCAGAUGAGAUGAAGCGGUGUCAUAAGGGUGUGACCACGCGAGCAGGGAAGAACAAGAGGAAGCAGGAGGAGGAAGAGGAGCAGGAGGUUGCGAGUUUACCAUCUGAAGAGGAGGAGGAGGAGGAGGAAGAAGAAGAAGAAGCAGAUGAGGAUGUGGCGCUGAGCGUUCGAGCAAAGCGGGCGUGGAUAAACAUGAAGAAAUGCAGCAAUGGCGAUCAGAAGAAAUCCCAAAAACAGCAAAAACGGCAAGAUAAGAAGCGGAAACGGGCGGCAAAGGCAGCAGCGUGGGUGCGGCCAGUGCAUUUAGAGGGCGAGGAGGUGGAAGAAGAGCGGAUGGUGGAGUGGGAGAGGGAUCUAGCGGCGUGCAAUAGCGGGGAGGUGACGCCACAACAGCUUGUGGAGAAGAGGGAGAGGCCGAGGGAGCAAGAGCCUGCUCCUGAUAUUCUCAUGCCGCUGCUGCCGUUCCAGAAGGAGUGGCUUGCGUGGAGCCUCAAGCAGGAACAAGGUCCCAUCAAGGGCGGCAUCUUAGCAGACGAGAUGGGCAUGGGGAAGACCAUCCAAGCCAUCUCCCUUAUAGUCACCAGCCGUCACCUACAGUCACACGCCCCUGCUGUCACCCCAGUGCUGCCUCAGCCACUGCCACCAUCAACAGCCGCUGCUGAUGAUGUCGCUGCACAAGCCACGGCUGGCAAUCCAGGUUCAUCCGGGGGAGGUGCAUCUGAGCCGGAGAGGCCAGCAGUGAAGGCAACGCUCGUGAUAUGCCCGCUCAUCGCAGUGCUGCAGUGGCGGCAGGAGAUUGCUCGCUUCACUCGCCCAGACAGUGUCAAGGUGCUGGUGUAUCACGGUCCCAAGCGAGCAAUCAGCGUGAAGGAUUUAGAGGAGUAUGAUGUGGUUCUAACCACCUUCUCCAUUGUGGAGUCUGAAAUGCGGGCAGCUGUCUUCCCCUCAAAGGUCCCCUGCCAGUGGUGCGAGAGAAAGUUUUUUCCUGACCGGCUGGAGAUCCACCAAAAGUAUUUCUGCGGUCCGAAUGCGAAGAGGACGGCCAAGCAGGCGAAGCAGCAGAAGAAGCUGCCGAGAAGCUUCAAGGGGAUAGGUGAAGGGGGGAAGGGUGCGAAAGGUGGAAGUUUUAUGAAAGGGAAGAAAAAAAGGAUUGGGGAUGAUGAGAGUGACAGUGACUACGAGGAAGAGGAGGAGGAUGAGGAUGAGGAGGCGGGGAUUUGGAAGGGAAAAGGAAGAAACCUGGGUCGAGGAAAACGCAAGGACAAAGGCAAGGAAAAGGAAAUUGGGAAGGGAAAGGGAAAGGCCGUGGAUGUAUCGGGCAAGGGCAAAGGCAAAAUGGAUGAUGACGAUGAUAGUGAUGACUCUGACGGAGAUGGUGAUGGUGAUGAUGAUGGCAAUGGUGCUGGCGGGAGCAGUGGCGUUGCAGCCACAGCUGGCCAAGCGAACGCAUUAAAGAGGAAGAAACCCCCAGGGAAGGCAGCACCAGCGUCAGUGCUGCACUUGGUGCGAUGGCGGAAGAUCGUUCUAGACGAGGCACACAGCAUCAAGGACCGCCGCUGCAACACGGCCCGAGCUGUCUUUGGCCUCUGCUCCGACUUCAAGUGGGCGCUCAGCGGCACGCCCCUGCAGAACCGCGUCGGGGAGCUCUACUCGCUCAUCCGCUUCCUGCAGAUCGACCCUUACUCCUACUACUUUUGCAGGCAUUGCGACUGCCAGUCCCUCGACCACAAGUUCUCUGCACACAAUCGCAAGUGCGACCAGUGCGGCCACUCCCCAUUGGUCCAUUUCUGCUGGUGGAACAAGUUCGUGGCGAACCCCAUAAUGAAGCAUGGGUACGGCGGCGAUGGCAGGAGGGCGAUGCUGCUGCUCAAGCACCGCGUGCUCGGCCGCGUUCUCCUGCGCCGCACCAAGACCGAACGGGCGGCGGACCUUACUUUGCCGCCCAGAACUGCCAUGCUGCGGAGAGACACAUUUGACGCGCGGGAGGAGGAUUUCUACGAGGCGCUUUAUACCCAGAGCCAAUCACAAUUCGCCACCUACGUGGACACGGGCACCCUACUGAACAACUACGCGCACAUAUUCGAUCUGCUCAUCCGCCUGCGCCAGGCAGUGGACCAUCCCUACCUUCACAAUCAGACGCUUCUAGAGGCGUAUCAAAAGCAUCGGAUGGAGCUUAACCGAGCUCCCCCUCUCCGGCCUCUCCCCCUGAAAGCACUGCGAAUGGGGGGAGAGCGGGUAGUUCACGGGGGAAGGGGAACGGGGGAGGGGGGGACGGUGGCGGUGUGGCUGGGGAAGGGGAGGGAGGAGCUGGACGGCAUGGUACAGAGGGAUCCAGGCGCCAAGGCGCUCGUGUUCAGCCAGUUCACGUCCAUGCUCGACCUCAUUGCAUACCGCCUGCACCAGGUGGGAGUGCGGUGUGUGAAGCUGGAUGGCAGCAUGACAAUGGACGCUCGGGAUCGCAUCAUAUCCACCUUCACUCGCGAUGCUGACUGCAGGGUGUUCCUCAUGAGUCUCAAGGCGGGAGGAGUGGCACUCAACCUCACUGUCGCCUCCCACGUCUUUCUGAUGGACCCCUGGUGGAACCCUGCUGUGGAGCAGCAAGCGCAGGACAGGAUCCACAGGCUCGGGCAGUUCAAGCCUGUCAGAGUAACUCGUUUUGUGAUAGCAGGCACCAUAGAGGAGCGCAUCAUAAAGCUGCAGGAGAAGAAGCAACUGGUGUUUGAUGGCACGGUGGGAGGAUCAUCAGAGGCAUUGGGACGGCUCACAGAGGACGAUCUGCGCUUCCUCUUCACCAACUGA